AUGGCAGAAUUUAAUAUAGAAACCACAUUAAAAGUCGUACCGACGUUUACGGGAAAACAUAGUGAACUAGACGGUUUUCUGAAAAUCGUAGAAUUAUUGUACAAUUCUUUGAAUACGGAAGGAAAACGACAAUUUAUAGAGGUCGUGUAUCACAUAAAACUUAAUCCCAAAGUAAAGACAAUAGUAGCAACUAGUCCCGAACCUACAGAUUAUGCGUCUUUAGACAACACAUUAAAAGAAAAAUUUAGAUCGAAAACGACAGUCUCCCAAAUAUACACAAAUUUGGCGAAUAUUAAUCAGUAUAAUUGUCCUGUACAUGUAUUUAGGGAUAAAUUACUCAAGGAAAUAGCCGAAUUAAACAAAUUAGAAAUACAAGAAUUAGGACAUAAUAUAACCAUUUUAGAAAGACAAGCCAUAGAAAAGGUAAACGAAGCGUAUGCUUUAAAUUUAUUCAAAAAUGGCUUGAAUGACCAGUUGAAACAAACAGUCUUUGCUGCCCAACCAAAGACACUUGUGGAAGCGAUUAACCUGGCAAUUGAGAUCGAGCAAACGAAUGAAACCCAAGUAAUGCACUAUAGAUCCUCGUAUCCGGCACAAAAUUAUCAAAAUAGAUACAACAAUUUCAACAGAAAUAAUAACUUCAACAGAAACAACAAUUUCAACAGAAGCAACGAUAAUUUCAACAGAAGCAACAACAAUUUUAGCAGAAACAACACUAAUUUCAACAGAAAUGACAACAACUAUAACAGAAACAAUAAUUUCAGCAGAAAUAAUGGCAACACAAAUAACCAAUACCAAAAUCAAAGUGGACGAAACUACAGAGAUAACAACUAUAACAGGAAUAAUUACAGAAACCAACCGCAAAAUGUACGAAUGAUCGAAGAUCAGGGAAACUACCAGGGCUCGGAAUACAACGAUAUUCCAGACAGCCAAAAUUAA